CCAUUGUGCAAGAGGAGGUGGCGUCCUCACAACAACAUCAUGAUUCUCCAGAAAAGAAAGACUCUUGCUUACUAGUAUUGAUACUAAAUUCUCAACGACGGCGAUGUUUACGUUUGCGACGGGGAAUGCAGCUGUCCAGAUGUGGUGUAGUGCCAAGAUCACUUACAGGCAAUUGAAACUAAAAUUGUGUCCUUUUCCACUUCUUUCUUGUGUGGUGCCAGUGUUUGUUGGGUUGCGCAUGACCAACAGAGAGCUGCAUCAACUGGGAUGGCAUCGUGAUGCUGGCCGUGUCCAGUAUAUGAUGACAGGGAGCCCUAGAAUGUAAGUGCUGGGAAUUCGCACUAGGAAGUGUGUUUGC